AUGAAGGCAGGGAUCGGAGAUGGUGGCUUCACUCAAGCUGCGUGGUACUGGGACUCCGUCGAGGAAGCGAUGCUCGUCAGUCAGGCAAAUCUGUGGAAGCCGGCUCGAGCAACACGACCGGAGGCGACGAGGCAACAGACUGUGAUGCAGAGGGUUUCAGUUGGGGCUUCGGUGGGCCGCACUGUACAUGAGAUGGGCCUGGAGGGUAUUAUUUCUCCACUUAAAGGUUUAUUUCCAGGCCCAGGCCUGCUAGUGAACACAGAUUUCGGAGUUUCCUUGGGCCCUAAGAAUAUGAAGAAGAAGGGAAAGCCCACGUCAGGCAAAAAGGCCAAAAAUAUCUUAGGGGUCCGUAAGAAGAUUGGCCACAGCCCAUAUCAGGGUGUCCGUGUGCAACAACAAGCUUCUGCAGCGGUUAAGACUUCACUUAGAGAUAACUUGACUCUUUGUGAACUUCCGCAGCCGCCAUCUUCGAGGACGGCUACCUCUCCGGGGGAAAGCUCGAAGAAAAGACUAGACCCGGUGGUUGGGGAGAAACCACCGUCAGACGAUUAG